AGCUGCAGCAAAACACGGAAGUGUCACGCCAGUUAAUUAGCAAGAUGAGCUAAAGUAGAGUGUCUUGAAACUACUUUUUCACACCUCGACGAGGCGUUUGUGUCUUGACACCUGCAGACUGAUAAAUAAUAUGACGUAGCUUUGAGUAAGAACUUACCUUUAUUUUAUUUAACUAUGUUUAGCAAGUCGUACCAGCUGCUCCCUCAGAGAGACUCCGCCACUCCGAGGACUCCUGGUUUGUUUGUGGACUCUGACAGCUUCAGUCAGCACAGCUACCACAAAGGACUUUCUUUUGACUACAUCCCCAAUGUAUCUGAAAACAACUUUAAUGACACCUCCCAAGGAUGGCUGUCGUGGAUUUGCAACCUGAUUGUCAUCUUCCUCAUCUACAUCUGCACCUUCAUAGCCUUUCCAAUAACAGGAUGGUUUGUGCUGAAAACGGUGCCGAACUACCAGAGGAUAGUAGUAUUCCGUCUGGGUCGAAUUUGUCCUCCGAAGGGUCCUGGUAUUGUCCUUGUCCUGCCCCUCAUUGACCAGUGGCAGAGAGUCGACCUGCGCACCCGUGCUUUCAACAUCCCUCCCUGCCAGGUGACUACUCGGGAUGGAGGUGUGUUGUCAGUCGGCGCAGACAUCCAGUUUAGGAUCUGGAACCCCGUCAUGUCAGUGGUGUCCGUCCAGGAUCUGAAUGCCUCCACCAGGAUGACUGCUCAGAAUGCGUUGACCCACAGCCUAGCCAAGAAGACUGUCAGGGAAAUCCAAACUGAGAGAGUGAAACUAGGGGACUAUCUCGGGAUGGACAUAAAUGAGAUGACUCGUCCUUGGGGGCUGGAGGUGGAUAGGGUAGAACUUACCCUGGGUUCUCUACUGAAAGCCCCAGAGGAGGGCCCCUCUGGACCCCUUAUCAUGCCUCCGUCUGUGCCUGGACUUGAAGGCCUCACUGGUCCCAUUCAGCAGUUGGCCAUGCACUUUCUGAGCCAAGGCAGCAGCUCACAUCCUCAACAGCAAGACAGAAUAACAUUUGCAGACGAGCUCAGCGAUGCUCCUCAGGCUGUCGUCACCACUCCAGGUUCUGUUGAAGAGCUGCUCAGUGGCGUGAAGCUGCUGCUCUCUGAGUCUUUAGUCCAGCAGGUUGGGGCCUGUUUCCAGUUCGAUAUCAGCUCAGGAGAUGGACAACAGCGCAGUUACUAUGUGGAUUUGAGCCAAGGUAGCGGUGCAGCUGGAGCAGGGUCCUUGAUUCGGGAGCCAGAUGUCACUCUGAGUAUGAGUGACUGCGACCUUCUGGCCAUGUUCCAGGGAGAGCUACGACCGUUUUCUGCUUACACCAGUGGCAGACUGAAAGUCCAAGGAGACAUGAACACAGCCAUGAAGCUGGAGGAACUCAUAAAGCUACUUAAGAAAUAGUAUUUACAGUAGCUUUGGCUUGGUAUUUAUUAAAUCUUUCAUUUUAACUGUAAAGUACAUGUUUUUCGUGUAUGCACUGAAUACAUUUGACUGAAUUUCUGCUAUGGUCCUUUCUUUUUUCCCACAAAUCAAAGCAAACGCUUGUUUACAAAGACAGCAUACUUUCUGAAGGUCUUCAGACGUAAUUCGAGUUGUCUAAGUUUUAACAGAUUCUGACACAUACUGUUUAUAGAAAGAUACUUGUAAGAUGCUGUGAAACAUAAUAAAAGAUUCUGUAACUCAGCUCAACAGGGCCAUUCACAGACA